ACAUCUGAGCUGUAGGUUCAGAUUAACAAGAUUCAGUCUCUGCUGUUGGCAAGCAUUGAUGCCACACUGUCCCAGCUCGAGUAAUUCGACGCUGGAAGGUGGAUCACAUGCCGUCAUGGGGUCGACCACAUCAUUCAUUCCUGGAUAGUAAUUGUGAAGGAAAUAAUCACAUCGUGUCCCUAGCAUGCGAACCGAUGAUGGUCCAAUUUGCAAUCGUAAAGUUGUAAAAACUAAAUUCUGAAAACUUGGACCCCGUCUGCAAACUCUGGAGGACUCUAGAAUUGAGACCUUUGUCAGGCUCGGGAUGCACAGCUCCAUCCUGGCAUCUCCCUUUCGACAGGCCACCUUGGAUGAUUGAUUGAUGAUGGCUUCCGGCCUUGAAUUGUAAACAAAUUAUUGGAGCUCUUCGCGUUACCUCCCGUUGGAAUUUAUGAUCCUCAAGUUCCAUCUAAUGAAGGUUGGCAUGCGGGUUCAGCGGUUUAGGGUUUAGAAGCCUCCCAACAUUCCUGCCUGGACUGCAGCCAACUCUCAUUCGUCGAAAUCAGUUGAUUGCGUAGCAGUAAGCUAGCCCUCAAUUGGUACAUAUCUGGAAGCUCGAAUGCCCUUCAAGUCGGUGGAUUUGGGUUCAAUCGGUUUCAGUGCUGUGCCACUGCUGCUUCACAAGUCGUUCGAGAAGUCGAAGAAGCUUGGGAUUUUUCACGAGGCGAUGGACAUGGGACCCAGACUGCUGGUGGUAAGAGCAGCGCCGGGAGGUGCCGAAAGCGAGGUUUCGAAGGCGAGUCGAGGAGACAGACGGAUCAGUGGAGGCGAAUUUUCAGAAAUCACGAUGAAUUUGCGAACGAGAAUCUCGAGAGAAGAGUUUUUGCAUCUGCUGACAGAGCUGAUUUAUUUCGUGCUGUACAUGCACCAGCAAAUGCCCUGUACCUACGAGGAGCUGAUAAAACGCUGCGAAGAAGAGACAGAAACAGAGGCAGUGUUUUCGAGGAGUUCAGGUGCUGGAGAUUGCAAUAAUCCCGCUCUCAGAGGCAGACAGAGGCGGGAGGGGGCCUCGAAGUUGAGAAAGCUGGUGAAGCUCAAAGACCAGAUAGAGAAAGUCGUUCGAGCUAUGAAGUGUUGUCUGACCGGAUUGUCCGACAUAAGAUCAGUGCUGGUCAUUCUCGGCCCUUCGACCACGAGGCCCAAGCACGUCUACGAGGUUCAUUUGCGGUGUCAGCUGAUUGAUGUUGGAGACGACACAGUCGAAGGUCGGCCCAAAAGUCCGGAUUUGGCUCGCAAGCUCAUACGCGCACUGAUAUCAGAUGGAGCAACCUCUUCGGCAGAGAGUGCUAUGAAGUUGUUUUUGGUGGUUGGAGCUUCUGCAAACUCCGUUAGUGUGCCAGAGGACGUCCAUCCCAAACGAGGCUUCGUUAACACCAGUAAACAGGGCUCCAGAACCUCUAUACGCCUUGUCCAGAAGCGAGAAACAAAUCUGGAAGCUGAGGUGAGCGGCAUUUGCCUCUCAGAUCCGUCACCCUCCACAUCUCACGACGACCAUUCAAGUGAAAGUCUUCGUGACAAUGACUUCAUGUGGUACCAAUGCCUGCACACAGUCAAAGGCUUGUUCGAAGGUAACUUGGCGGAGGCCGCUUGAGGGCAAGAGCAGCAGGAGAGCACUUUCCCUCACACGUCCCAAAGUCUGCACAACGCCAACAGUAUGCUUGAAGAGCCGAGCUGGCAGAGCCAAUCUGAAGCUGUAGCUUCUACACAGAGGUGUGCACGCUGUGCAGGGCUUGUACUAGAGAAUGUUGGCAGUGGCAGAUAAAUCAUCCUCCUCCUCAGACAGAGAGAGAGAGAGUCUACACGAGCAGAGUUCUAAUGCGUCAGAAUGAUACCUUUCAUCAACGUCGGCUUGGGCUCCGCUGUAAAUUCAACGUCGUCUGUCUGCAUUGCAAGACGGGGGUCAGUCAGUCACCUACUCGACAUUAGAGCCGGGUUUCCUCGCUCGGUGAACUUGACAGUGAGAAGGUAUUUCUGUAGUAGUUACCCUCACUUGCCAGCCAGGUGCUGGAAUGCACACUCAUGAAAAUCAACACAGUGCAAAAGAGGUGUGACACGCAUUCCGACCUUGUAGCUCGUAGACAACUAACUGCAGGCAAAGUCAUUCGAAGACCGCUUUGUAUUAACAUCCCCGUCAAUGGACAGGGAGUGUUAUGAACUAUUUACCGAUCAAUGUCUACGUC